AUGGAUAUAAUUAAAAGAUUAAAAAGCAAGGAGGCUAAGGCAUCUUAGUAAAACUUCGAACAAGCCAAUAGAUUAAACAGUAUAGAAUAGUCGAAUUAGAAGAACAGAGUUUAAGCUAAGUAGGAAGGAAUAUAAGGUUCUGGAUUUCUAUAAGUUCAAUAAAGUUUAAGUGUAAAUAGACCUAGUUCUAGCAAUAAUUUGAUGGAUUAGACUGCAUAAAUACAUAUUUAGAAGUAGGAUUCUAAUAGUGCAAAAUCAAGCAAAAGUUCUAUUUCAUAUAAUAGUGAAACUAAUUAUUUAAAAAUGAAUGCUCAACCUUCAAACAUAAAAGAGAGAGUAGAACAAAUUACUGAAGAGCCAGUUGAUGAACACUUAGAUUUUAAGUAUUAGAAGCUGCUUGAUGUGAUAAAAGGGAGUGGAGACAAAAAUAAUUUGGGAUUUUUGUAAUAAAAAAUUGAUUAUUUAACAAUGAUAAGUAACAGACUGUAGAUUAGUCUCUUUGACUUGCUGAAUUUGCUUCCAAGCAAGUACCUUGCGUAAUUGUUUUAAGAUUAUAAGCAAUAAGAGAAUGUGAUGGUGAACAUCAUUUUAGCAUCUGUUAGUGGAUUAUCUUAGCCAAAUAAAAUAUUCGAAGAUAUAAAAAUUGAUUUAGGUGAUAAAUUCGAUUACGAAAAUUAAUAUCUCAAAGCACACUGUUAAAAUUAUGAGGACUGUUUGAAUUAAGAUGAGUAAGAGCAGUAAUCGCUUGAGGACGACGAAGAAUUAGAAGAGCUGACUCCUUAAAUUAAAACAAGAAUUUUCUUUAGUAGAUAUAUAAUUCCGCUUGUUUUACACUAGCUGAUUGAUUUUAAGCAAGAUCCUUCGAUCCAAAUGAGCAGCAUUCUAGGUAGACUAGAAGAUAUCUAUGGCAUGCAACAAUCUCAAGCAUAACUUGGGAGUGCAUAAAACAUAAACACAUAAGAUUCGGGUGGCAGUCUCUCUCAAAACUCAAAUGCAUCUUAAAAUCUUUUCAUCCAAAAAGUUUAUAUAACAAAUCUAAGAGAGUUUUAUAGAUCAUUGAAGUUUUUCAUGGAGAAAAUAUAUAGAAAAAACAAUGAUAAAGCUCAAUAUGUUUUAUCUUACUUGUAAAAAAUAUGCAAAAACGAAAGAGACUAUGAGCUAGAUUAAACACUUUUUAGCUAUGAAGAUUUAAAAAGAGAUAGAAUUGUACUUUACAGAUUAGCUAUGAGUGGUACUAAAAAAUUACUAUUUAACUACCUGUAAGACAAAUAAAUUCUAACCAAGUAUGCUGGAAACUGUAUUUUUGACUUCAAGAAAAAGGAGAUAUUUUUGGAUUAUUACAAGAGAUUCAUCACACCUGCAGAAGCUUCCCUUUCUAAUGGAAUGGAUGAUACUGUAUUUAGAAUAUCAGCAAAUUUGGAAAAUUACUGUAGAGCUCUUCAAACUAGCUAGCAUAAAAUAUGCGCUUUAAGAAAUGCAAUUGCUUUAAUAAGGUUUUUAACUCCUUUUUUGGAGACAUUUUCUUCAUAAUUUAAUUAAUCUGCCACAAAUAAAUACUUGAUUAAAGCUGCAUGUUGGAGAAUUGUUAGAUUUAUUUUGUUUGUUCAUGAUGGAAGCAUUUCAUAUGUUGCUUUGGUAUUUCUUAUUUUUUGUUUUGAACUACUUUUCAGUGAAAGAAGUCUUUUGAAUUAAGAGCAUGAGAGAUUCUUACAUCUUCUACUCGCAUUUUUGCAUGUAUAUAGAAACAGAGAGGAUGCUUUGUUCAAAUAUUCGUAGUAAGUUGCUACAAGGAUCAUAAUGAAACUAAUUAAAAAGAUAAAUUAUAACAGUUCAGGUGACUCCUCUUCUUUGUCUUCAUCCAGAAAGAAAAUAAAUAUUCAAACUUCGUCUAAAAGCAGCAGCAAUUCUACUAAUAACUCUGAUCUAGACUAAAGUCAUCAAAUGAAAGACUACUGGUUUUUAAAUUACAACUAUCAUAGUUUGGAUGAAAAGUUUUAGAAAUAUUUCGCUUACAUUUCACAAAAAGACAUUUAUAGCAAAUAUAAUUAUAUAGAAAAAGAACUUAAAUAAAUCCAAGAAUAACCACUUAUCGAUGAAUAAGUUAUUUUAAUCUUAUCGUAUUUAAAGAAUUUGCUGCAGGAGCCUUAAGAUUUUACUCAAAUUAAAAUUUCAAAAAGUAUGUAAGAAGAACUAAAAAGUAAAAACUUAAAUGAGAUACAAUUGAAAAAAGAAAAAGAAAAGCUUUCAUUGAUUCACUUGUAAAAGAUUAAAGAAAAGAAAAAUGCAAUUUAUUUACAGUUGCUCAAUUUGCCAAAGCUUUCUGAUAAUAAAAAGAUUCUUGCAAAGAAUAGUCACUCAAUGAAUGCUCUUGUAAAAAUAAAGUAGGAGCUAUUAGUGGAUUGUCUUGGCUUAAUUGGGCCAGUAUAACAGCAUGACUUUCAGGAGAAUUACUAAGAUAUCCUCCCAAUCAACCUCACACCUGCUGAUCUAAAAGAAAAAAUAAAAUCAUUUUUAAAUGUCAAUAUCUUUAACACAGACAUACCUCUAGUUUCUCUCUGUAUUUGCAAAGAGUACGUAGAAAAUAAAUUCACAGGCAAAAGAAAAAAACUAAAUGAGAGAAUUUAAAAUAGCUUUUUGAGUGCAAACGAAGCAAGUAAAUCUCAAGAUGAUAUGGAAGAAAGAUCUAACAUGCUGAAUGCAUCUUUUAGCUCAAGAGGAAUAAAUGAAAAUACAAAUGGAAAUGCUACUAAUUUAGAUCACAGUAUUAUUCACCAAUAAAAGCAAUAGUUUAAUCUUAUGCAAUGGCUAGCAGAGCUGAUUAUGAAGAUGAAAAAGUAGGAUGAAACCAUUAAAAUUAUUGAGGGAUGCAUGGAACUAAUGGCAAACAGUGACUUAGGAGAGUUUUUAACUCCUUAUAUAAUCUUCAAAUAUAUCAAUAGCACAGAAAAUAGUCAUUUAGAAAUUAUCCCAGUUAUAAACAAGAUAUUAGAAGAAGGCCAUCACAAUCACAAGUUAAUUAUAACCAAAACACUCAUCAACUUAGACACUUGGUUCAGGUAAGAGCUCAAAUAGGAAAAAUAAUAAAAUUAUGACCCUUUCAGACCACAAAGUAUUAUGCAUUCAGAAUCUCCAAAAAAUAGAUUUAUAAGAAAUUUUGCAUUCAUAAAGAGAGGUAUUUCUACAUAGGUGUAUUGCAAAACGUUAGUUGAAAUGAGUGAGCAUAAAGGUGCUAUUUAACUGCUUGAAUAAGAACUAGAAUAAUAAGAUAUAUAAUUAUUGAACCUCACUGACGCUUAGGAGAUCAAGAAUAUAAAAAAGCUUAGAACACAUUACAUUUAUCAAUUAUAUAAUAUUUAUAAAGAAGUGAAUGAAGAUUAUAAAAAUAUUGAUGUAGUUGAAAUGAUGAGAAAAUUAGAUUUAGAUGAAACAGAAAUCAAGAAAUACCAAGAUAUUAAUUUAAAGCAGAAAAAUGAUGGUUUAUGCCCAGAAAUAUACGAAGAUAUUGUGGAUAGAAAUUUUAGAGAUGAAGAAUCCUAAUAAAAAUUAAUUAAUUUGCUUUCCAAAAGCAUUCCAGAUUUUGCAUCUUAGAAUUAAGAUUUUGCAUUUUAGAAAUAUUUGAGAAGCAUCUGCUGGGGAUUUUAAAAGAUAUUGAACUAUGAAAAAAAUAACAGCUUUGACAAUAUGUUUUAGUAAUUAAAAUCUGCAAUUCAAAAAUUGAAAUAUGCUUUCAGUUUACAAUUAGUUAACGCAAAAUGUUGUUAUGACAGUAAAUUUUCGGUAUUAGUAAAGAUUUAGGUGCUUUUAAAUGUUGAAACAAUGCUAAAAAUAUAAAAAUUUUAAAAAGACUACUCAAAGUUGGCUAAAAAUGGAGAUAUUAUUUUCGAUUAGACUUCUUUCUCUUUUGAUGAAUCUUAACCAGAUUAUCUUCUCAAAUUAACUGUUAAAUCUAAUUCCCAAGGAUUUCCAAACAAUAAUACUUCCUCUUUAGGUGGUAGUCGUAUUACAUACAACUAAAUAAUAAACUAGUAUUCUGUUUUUAACUUAAUUCAAGCUCUGUAAUAGACUUCUAAGUUGUUACUCAGUUAUGAUUAAGAGUGCUAUUUAAGAAUAGUUUACAAUUAUUUAAUAUGCGUCCUAUACAACUAAUGCAAAGAAUACAGAAAAAUUUACAUAAAUUCUUUGUUUAGACUCUCCAAAUACUACUAUAAAAAAGAAAAAUACUCUGAUGCUUUAACUAUUUUGAAGAGAGCUAAAUAGGUUUGGAAGGAAAAAAAAGAUUCAUUUUCUUCUUAGGAAAUAUACACUCUUUAGGCAAAGAUUGAAAAGAAACUGGGAAAUAUAAAGAAAGCUAUUCAUAAGCUAUAAAAAUUUGAUGGAAUUGAUUUUAAAAUAAAGAAAGUUACUUAUAAAUAUCAACAUAAUUUCUAGAUUUUCUCUGAGUCUUUAAUCCACAGCGAGUUUAUUAAGUUAGUUCAGUAAAAUUCUGAAAGUGAGAAAUUGUGUUUCAAGUAUGCAAAGUUUAUAGAUGAAAAUGAAUUAAUAUCAGACAACCCUAAUGACAAAGAGAUUGACCAAAAAAUAAAAGCUAUUUAGCUCUAUCUCUUAGCAGCAUCAAAUGGACAUUAAUACAUUCAUCAGUCUCUUCCAAGAGCAAUACGCUUGCUAGUAGAACUUUUUUAGGAUGUGGCAAAUUUGUAAACUAAAAAAGCUCAGCUUGUCAAGCAAAAAUUUGACAAAAAUUUCUUAUAAAUAUCCGAAACUUGCAAUAAAAUAGAAACCUUCAAAUUAACCAGUGUUGUCAAUCAGCUAACCUCGCAUAUCACAAUACCUUAUUAGUAGUGUGCUAAUUUAUUUAUUGAUCUCCUGGCAAAAGUAGGUGCUGAAUAUCCUGACUAAAGUGUCUGGUGGUUAUUACCUCUUAAAUACAUGUACUAAAUGAUUAGCAAUUAAAGCUCUGUGCAAAAGGAUGAAUAUACUGAAUAAAGAGCUUCUGCUAUUCUUAAAAAGAUUAAUGAAAUAAAUCCAUCAAGUUAUGAACAAAUAAAUAGAGUUUCUAACUUCUACUACAAUUUAUUAAAUUUUGCAAUUAAAGCGCCAGACGGAUCUAGUACUACUAUGAAAAUCGAAAACUACUUGGUAAAAUCACUGGCUAACCUGAGACUGAUUCUUCCCAAAAAGGAAUACAUUUUCCCAAAGAUGCCAUAAAGCAGAAAUGUAGAACCUAAUUAUAAUCCUUACCAUAAUAAUCCAGUAUACAUGGAAAAGUUUGAUGAUGUUGUCAGAAUUAUGAGCUCCAAACAAAAACCAAAACUCUUAACUGUUUAAUGUUCUGAUGGAACUAAAAAGAAAUUUUUAAUCAAAUCUCAAACUCAAAGUGAAAAUGUCUACGAGCAGAGAACAAGUGAGUUGAUUUCAUUCUUGAACCUUAUUCUUUACAAAGAAUAACUUGGAUUUUAUGAAAUGCCUUCUUAUACAAUUCUAAGAUUAAACAGCUAAAGCUGCAUUGUAGAAUGGGUUGAUGAUACACUAACUUUAAAGACGAUUUUAGAUUAGCUGUGGUAAGAGAAGAAGCAAAAGAGCUAGUUCUAUUAAUUAAAACUAGACUCAGAUAAAUUAAGCAGAGAAGAAUGGAAUAAACAAAAGAGCCUUCCUUCUGUAUUUUAAGACUUCUUCAACUAACGAUUCCUUGAUUCUUAAUAAUGGUACACAGCAAAAGAAAACUACUUGAGGACUUAUGCAUCAUGGUGCAUAUUAGGCUAUCUUAUUGGACUUGGAGAUAGACACACUGAUAAUAUAUUAAUUAAAAAAAUUAAUGGUGAAAUAGUCCAUAUUGACUACGCUCUUAUCUUUGGUUCAGGUAAAUAGCUUAAUGUUCCAGAAACUAUUCCAUUUAGAUUAACAAAAAAUAUGGAAUUUGCUUUGGGUUCUUUCAAGUCUUAUGGUCUCUUUAGAAAAGCCAUGAUAGACAUUUGUAUGUGUUUCUCAAAACAUUUGGAUGAUAUCAUUGGCUUUUGGGAUUGCUUUACCAACGAACUAGAGGGAUGUAAAAAAACAAACUUUAACCAGCUAUGCAAUCAAAUUAAGAAUAGAAUUAAAAUGACUAACUUUAAAUCAACUGAAGAAGGCAUAGACAGUCUUAUUUAGAUCUCUAAAGACGAUUAUUGUCUAAGAGACAUGUUCAAAGGCUGGUGGCCUCAUGCAUGA